AGUCUGCGUCGACUGCUCGAGACUGACGGCGACAACUGCCUUGUUCACGCCCUCUCCACUCCGCUGAAUCCGUUCUGUCUCUCUCUUGUGCUUUCCGAUCCAACACAAUGGCCUCUUUGGCGCGCCAGACCCCCCUCUUCAGGCGGUCCUGCCUGUCUGCUUCCCGAUCACCGAUGCAGGUGAUGGCCUUCCAUGCGUCGGCCAAGAAGCAGAUUCUCCCUCCUCUGCCUCAGGUCAUUCACGGCACCACCAACGAUGCCGUUGAGGUUCCCAAGACCCAUGCCACGGAGGGCAGCUACCACUGGACUUUCGAGAGAAUCAUCUCCGCUGGUCUGGUUCCCCUGACCCUUGCGCCGUUUGCCGCUGGAUCUCUGAACCCCACCAUGGAUGCUAUCCUCUGCUCCGCUCUGAUCCUUCACUCUCACAUCGGAUUCCAGGCUAUGGUCAUCGACUACUUCCCUCAGCGCCGUGUUCCCAAGACCCGUGCUGGUCUCAUGUGGCUCCUGCGUGGCUUCACCCUCGCCACUGCGGUCGGUCUGUACGAGUUCGAGACGAACGAUGUGGGCAUUACUGAGGCCCUGAAGAGGAUCUGGAAGGCAUAGAUUGGAUAUUCUGUUUGAGAGGCGCGACUUUCUUUUCCUUUUUUCAUUUCCCUAUUUGACUACUUCCCCACCUGUUUCUUUAUCGAUUCUGGUUUCUACCCGGUCAUCCGGGCUCUGUAUAUGCUGGCUGUUUUCUAACCGGAGCCCAUUCGCGCAAGUGUUGCCCUUGGU